AUGAGCGAGUUUGUGACAGAGGCAUUCUCUCUUUUGGCAGUGGCCAUUGUGAUCAUUGGUCUAAGGACAACAGCACGAUGGAUCAUGGUCGGGCCCAAGAACUUUCAGGCCGACGACUACAUCAUGUUGGUGGCUUGUGUCGUGUAUGGGCUGGAAACCGCCGCCGCAUAUAGUGUUGGUGCAUGGUUUCAAGGGCUUGCGAACAAUGCCAUGACAGACGAACAAAGAGCCACACUUUCUCCGGACUCUAAGGAGUACAGCUUGCGGGUCGGUGGUUCCAAGCUUCAAGUAACCGGGUGGUCUCUAUACACUUUGCUGUUAUGGCUACUGAAAACAUGCAUGGCCGUCUUCUAUUCUCGGUUAACGGCCGGAUUGAUUAACAUGCGGAUCCGAAUUCACAUCGCAUAUGUCUUGAUCGCCAUGACUUAUAUUGCAACAAUCUGCUCUAUUUUGUUUGGUUGUCAUCCAAUGGAGAAGAAUUGGCAGAUAAACCCAGACCCUGGCAAUCAUUGCCAGCCUGCGGUAUCCAAAAUCGACAUUUAUGUCACCGUCGUCCUCAAUGUUGCAACAGACAUUUACCUGAUUAGCAUCCCUGCUCCGAUGCUCUUCAAGGCACGCCUGCCUUGGCGCGAGAAGCUCGAGCUUCUUAUCCUGUUCAGCGGUGGUCUCUUUGUCAUGAUGUGCGGCAUUCUUCGCUGCGUUCUAAUCUUAACAGCCGGAGCCAAUGGCGCAGAACAAGCCGGCAGCUGGGCCUGCCGUGAAACCUUCGUCGCCGUCUUUAUCGGCAACAUCCCCAUGAUCUAUCCACUCAUACGUCGCCUCGCCCGCCGCGCAGGCCUAUACCUCACCACGAAAACCGGCUCGCAGAGCUACCCAGCAUACCAAUUGUCUGACGGCGACAACAGUGGCUAUGUGAAACGCAAGAAGUUCCGCCACCCACUUUCUCUCCCUGUUACGACAGAGUGGAACACCGUUAGCGAUGAACAAAUGAUUCUGCCCACCUCACGGCAGCAGCCUCCCACAUGCACUGGCGGAGAUGGAGAUUGGGAUGCAAGAAGCCAGGCCAGCAACAAUGGGGGCAUCAAAGUCGUUCACGAGACGAUCGUCCAUAGCGCGGAGAAAAAAUUGCGACCAUAA